GAUAAUUCAAACUUAGAAAAAAACAUCGAAAAAGAUCAAAAGGAAGAAGCUAUUUAAAACGUGGAAGGCAGUAACUGGGAGAGGCAUCAGUGAGGAGAUAAUAUGGCGAGAGCCAAAAAUACAGCACGAAAAUCGGCAGGGAGACUAUCGGAAGGAAGUACGCGGGCAGCGCGAAAAACAUUAGCAGGAGCAUCAGGAAAUAUAGAACCUGGUGAUCCAAUUCCGCGUGGAAAAGCACGACGAUAUCGACCUGGUACAGUUGCAUUGAAGGAGAUUAGAAAAUAUCAAAAAAGUACGGACCUUCUAAUACGGAAAUUGCCAUUUGCACGAGUUGUUCGAGAUAUUGCGACAGAUUAUGUCGCCAGUUUUUCAACAGAUUUUGGUCUUCGCUGGCAAUCUACAGCAAUUUUGUGUUUACAAGAAGCUACAGAAGGUGCGUUAUAAAGUAUCUAUCAUUUUCCCUGACAACAUAGCUUUUCUUGUUCAUUUAUUUGAAGAUACCAAUCUAUGUGCAAUUCAUGCAAAACGUGUUACAAUUAUGCAAAAAGAUAUACAGCUUGCGCGAAGAAUUCGGGGUGGUUGGGGU